CCCAAUGAUCCAACCCAUCAUUGACUUCUCAGCAGGAGCUUUUGGGGGCACUGCCUGCGUUCUGAGUGGGCAGCCGUUUGACACCACCAAAGUGAAGAUGCAGACCUUCCCAUUGCUGUACCGUGGCUUCCUUCACUGCUUUGUCACCACCUGCAGGACAGGAGGACUCAGGGCUCUGUAUAAAGGCACCACCCCAGCUCUGGUGGCCAACGUAACCGAGAAUGCAGUGCUCUUCCUCAGCUAUGGGCGGUGUCAGGACGUGGUACGCUUCCUGUGUGGCGUGGACCAAGGGGCGAAGCUUAGUGAUCUUCAGAAGGCCAGUGCAGGCUCUUUGGCGUCUAUCUUCUCUGCCACAGCCGUCACUCCGGCAGGGCUGGUCAAGUGUAGUCUACAGGCCAUGCAUGAGAUGGAGGCUACAGGGAAGAUCGUGACAAGACACAGGAGUACCAUGUGGACAGUGGUGCGGUCAGUCCUGAAAGAGCGUGGACCUCUUGGAAUGUUUACUGGGCUCUCUUCCACCAUCCUGAGGGACAUUCCUGGAUUUUUCUGCUUCUUUGGAGCCUAUGAACUGAGUCGUUCUACAUUUGCAAAGUACAUGGGAACAGACAAAGAGAGGAUAGGUAUGCUGCCUCUCGUGUUCAGUGGGGGCUUUGCAGGGGCCUGUUUCUGGACAGUGGUCUUCCCUAUCGACUGUGUCAAGUCCAGGAUCCAGGUUUACUCUUUAGCUGGAAGACAAGAGGGCUUCAUGAAGACCUUUAGGGCCAUCAUACGCCAAGAAGGUGUGGCAGUAAUGUAUUCUGGCCUGGCCCCCACUUUGAUACGCACCUUCCCCGCCAACGGAGCUCUGUUCUUGGCCUAUGAUUCCAGCCGCAAGUUCAUGAUGGACCAUGUGGGAGGCUGAAUCAGUUGUAGUGUUCAUAUUUGUAUUGUUGUGUAUUUUGCACCAAAUAAA